AUUUAUUGGUUGGAUACGCUUCAAAAAAUUAACUGGUAAACUGGCCCGGAAAAAAAUGAUAGCUGAGCUCGCCUCAAAAUUAGUUCAGAUUCAAUCAGGAGGAUUCGACGGCGACUUUGCUGACAGAGUCAACUUCAAGUACACGACACUGUUGUUCAUUGUAUUGGGUGUGCUAGUGACCACCAGACAGUUCGUGGGAGACGCCAUAGUGUGCUUCACUCCUCAUGAAUUCGACGGCCAGCGCUCCGCUUAUGCAGAUGCUUACUGCUGGGUAUCCAACACAUACUUUCUCCCCUUGGACUCCCAUCAUGACCCCGCAAUAGACGAGGUUCCUCCCAAGACAAUCCUGUACUACCAGUGGACCCCUUUAAUACUCUUCCUUCAGGCCGUGUCGUUCGCCUUUCCCCACUUCGUGUGGCGUGCUGUGUACACUUCGGCAGGAGUGGACUUCGAACAGGUGGUUGAGACUGCCUCCAAAUUUGAGACAUCUGUCAACUCAAACAAGUGGAAUGACCUCAUCCAAAACAUAGCGCUCCACAUUGAUCGCUAUCUGGAGUUGCAGAAAGAUCAAUCCUCCAAGUCAGUCCUCUUCUUGUCCAGACUGAGAGUGGGCCACAGCUUCGGAAAUCUGCUCACAUUUUGCUACCCUUUGGUCAAGUUGGGCUUCAUCCUCAACAUAGUGGCCCAUGUGUAUGCACUCAAGUACUGGCUCGGACAGGAGUAUUUGCUCUAUGGGUACACUGUGAUCUACUCCUUCAUCUACCUGGGCACCAGUCUGCGAGAAGUCACUGACCUGUUCCCCCGCAUCACCUGGUGCACAGUGCAGACCAGGGUGCUGGAGAAGGUGUUCGACUGGCAGAUACACUGUGUACUCCCCAUCAACCUAUUCAACGAAAUGGUCUACCUGCUGGUAUGGUUCUGGCUCCUGUUCAUCCUGAUUCUGACUUCCCUCAAUCUGGUCUCGUGGCUGUUCCGCAUGCUCAACUGCUGUGGCCUGUGUGGGGAGUCUGUAUUCCAUUAUCUAGAACUGGCUGGCAAAACUGAAACAAAGGAGCAGCGAAUCUGUAGUCAGAACUUUGUUCGGUACUACCUCAAAGCAGACGGACUGUUCAUAAUGCAUAUGUUCGCUAAAAACAGCACCAAAGUGUUCAUGGUCGACUUCAUCGAGGCUCUGUUCGACAUCUACAUGGCCAGGGUGAACAAGGAGGCAGAACCCAUCAAGGACACUUCAUGUUCACUACACAACAACAACAAAUCACCCUCCAAGAAGAGGUCCCGAAAUUACACCAACACCAUGGGAAAAGAGAAUAAAGAUCGAAACAAAGGACACACUGGGAUAAAGAUGUACCCCACGCUUGACAAUUUUGAUCAAUUCAACAGAAGCAAUAGCCCUUCUAAAGUUGCAUUCGAUGGCUUCCAACGAAAUCAUGGAGACAACUCGGAUGAUGACUUGUGCUCUUUGCCCUCCUACAACUCACAUGCACCAGUUAAUGGCAGGAACGCUGUUACUCAGAGAACAAGGGAUGAGCAAAGUACUCUUGGAAACCGGCACAAGUUGCCACAACGCAUGCUCGUCGGAUUCGACUGGGACCCACUUGAUAGAUCCGAGCUAUGAGAAGAAAAAGAUACCGAAGAA